AUGUGUAUUCGUAUAGGAAAUCAUGAAUAUGAUCCAAAUUAUUUUACACAAUCCUUCAUCAAUCAUUCUCUAUCUAUGACAGAAGGGAAUCUUGUAACUUCUCCAUUUGGAGUAUUUUUCAUGUUAUGUGCUCUAUUAGGUUCAGGUGGACCUAGAAAGAAUACAUCAUUGGAGAUUGGUAAUGCAGUUCUUGGCAAAUAUGUUCAUCAUCAUAAUGAUAAUAAUGACUGGGAAAGUAUUGCAUCAGAUACAUUAUGGUUAUAUAGAUCAACAUUAGAUUCAUUAUCUGCAGAAAUGACAUAUGUAGACAAUGAAUGGAGUCAAGUUAUUACAUUAGCUAAUGGAAUAUAUGCAAGUGAUGAUUUGCAGAUUAAUGGUGAUUUUGAACAACUACUGACAGAAUAUUUCGAUGAGAAUAUACAUAGAGUAAACUUCACUGAUCAAUCAACAGCUAUGCAAACAAUCAAUCAAUGGAUUUCAUCUAAAACAAACAAUUUAAUAUCACAAUUUUUUAAUCAUCCACAUGAAAUACUACCGAAUUCUUUAUUGAAUUUGUUUAGUAUAUUUUACUUUAAAGAUGUUUGGGAGGUGCAGUUUAUGGAAAUGUUCACAGAAAAUGCAACUUUUGAAGUAUCUUCAGAUCGUCAAAUACAAGUACCGAUAAUGUUUAAUGAAGAAGAGUUAGGCUAUGCUGAUUUUAAAUCAGAAGGAUUUGAAAUGAUCAGUAAAUCUUUUAAGAAUACAAGAUUUACUUUCAUUGUAAUAUUACCUAAAGAAAAAAAAUCGAACUUAAAUUUGUUAUCACAAUUUCUUAUGGGUAUAACGAGUCAAUCCAAUAUUCAUGUUACUUCUUUUCAACAAAAAGAUAUUAUUCGUAUAAAUGAAUUUGGAAUUGAAGCUGGAUCUGUUGCGAAUGCAAUGUUUAUUCCAUUAUCUUCAUAUAGAAAUCCAAUUCAAUUUCAUAUUACACACCCAUUUCUCUGUUUUAUAUAUGAUAAAGAAUUAAACCUUUCAUUAUUUGCCACUCGUGUAAUAGAACCAUUACAAUAA